UCUAAUCCUGCAUAUCUGCAAAAGUUCGUUUAUUUUGGAACAUGUUUUUGUGAUUCUUCGACUUAUUGUUCGGGCAUUUUCUCUUGUAAUCGUAGUUUUUUUCUGAAUUCUAUUCUAAUUAUGCUUUCGCUUCAGUAUUUGGCUUCGGAUCCGUUCAGAUGGAACCAUAAUUUUCAUGCUGGUGCAUUUUUUUCUGGGUAUAUAGUAUAAGAUUGAGGAGCAGAACAAGAGUUAUGAUUCUGUAUGGGUAGUUCAACCAGCCAUGGAAUAUUUGUACCUUGUAAUGGACCUGGCAGGACCAAAUUAACUACACAUGAACUCUUUCCAAACCGGGGCUUAAUCAAUUAGCUGCGAUAGCAUUAUGAGUCUGGCUCAGGGAAAGAAUGACAUUGUUGAGGAUAAGGAGAUUAUUGAAGAUGGCAAAGAUAUAGCUAUGUAUCAACCAAGGAAAAGACUGAAGACGGAAGACCUAUCUGAUCUCCCAAGAACUCAUGUGGAAUCUUUCAGUGAGGUUGGUGAUUUAUCCUUUGGAAAUGAGCGCCAAAUUAGGGAAAACCAUUCUUUGGUUCAGCCCUCUUCAGAAUGUCAAAGUACUCCCACGAAUAAAAAUGACAGAACACUGACUGGAAAGUCAGAUGAUACAAAUGGAAACGGUGAUACUGACAUGCAUGAACUUAUGACUGGAAAUAAUGAAAUGCUUAAUGUAGAAUCUACAAAGACAGAUACAAGUGAAUUCCCAGGAGUAGCUUCUAGUGGUGCAUGUUGCAAAGAUUUUCCUAUUCAUUUGGGCAUUGAGGAUCAAUGCUUCUCCACGCAUGCAACAACAAGAAGUACGUCUUGUGAUGAUGGUAUGCUAGCAAGCAAACACCUGGAAGAACUCCAUGACGAGGCAAAGAAAAUAAUUAGUGUGGUUGAUGGUGAUGCAUUGAGUGGGGUUACUCGAUCAUACCAUGAGGAACAGUCCGUGUCAUCGCAUGACGAUGAUAUCUCCUUAGAUGAUACACAAGCUGUUGUUAGUGAAACCAUAAAUGUCUUAGUUGAUAGAGUUUUUUCUGCCAACAUGAAGAAGAAGCUUCUUGUUCUUGAUUUGAAUGGGUUGCUUGUUGAUAUAUCCUCAUAUGUACCUUACAAUUACGACCCAGAUGAUAUAAUAAUGAAGAAAGCAGUUUUUAGGAGGCCUCACUGUCACGAUUUUCUAAACUUCUGCUUUGAGAAGUUCAAUGUGGGUUUUUGGACUUCAAGAACGAAGAGAAAUAUGGAGCCACUUCUUGAUUUUCUUUUAGGGAAUAAUAAGUCAAGGUUGCUUUUUCAUUGGGAUCAAUCGCACUGCACUGAUACAGGUUAUUAUACUGUGGAUAAAAAAAACAAGCCUCUUCUCUUGAAGAAACUAAAAAAGUUAUGGGAUAAAUGUGAGCCUGGUCUUCCAUGGGAGAGGGGAGUGUAUAACGAAUCAAAUACGCUUUUAUUAGAUGAUACUCCCUAUAAGGCUUUAACAAACCCUCGAUACACUGCAGUCUUUCCUUACAGUUACUGCUUCAGAGAUGUAAGAGACAAUUCAUUAGGGCCUGGAGGUGAUCUCCGAGUUUACUUAGAGGGGUUGGCCGAAGCAGAAAAUGUUCAAGAAUAUGUAAAGCAAAACCCAUUCGGACAGAGGCCCAUAACGGAGAAAAACCUUUCCUGGGGUUACUAUCGUAAGGUUAUCGCAGCAAACUCCACACCGCCACGAGAAACAGAUGUAGGCAGCCAUCGAGAUGAACAGUAAGUCUUGUCCCACAUGAACCACAAUUUUGCCCAGACAUAGAUUUUCUGUUUAGUGAACGUAAAGCAUCGGAAUCAAUCAGUCUUAGCUGCUGCAUAAAGCAGAGAGCAGAUUUAAUCGUGUAUACACUGUUGUUUUUUUGUUUCUGAAUGCUCUUCUUAACUCUUUUCUUUUGUGGAAUAGUUAGUGUGAGUUCCGCAGAUCUAUGUUUGGUAAAGGGAUGAUUAGUUCAAUGUAAUCUGAGGUAGAUUUUGUAUGAUGUGGUUUGCUAAGCAAAGCACUUUUGAACUACAGGUGUUUUGAUGUGUAA